AUGAAGAGGAAGGCCCAAGCAUGGCACUACACUGUAGAGGAAGGGCGGGUGGUGAGCGUCGGGGAGCACAACGUGCAGGAGCUGAUCGUCGCCGCCGACAUGCUGCAGCUCACCGAGGUGGUGGAGCUCUGCUGCGAGUUCCUCAAGGGGCAGAUCGACCCGCUGAACUGCGUCGGCCUCUUCCAGUUCUCCGAGCAGAUCGCCUGUCACGACCUGAUGGAGUUCACCGAGGGCUACAUCCACGCGCACUUCCUGGAGGUGCAGGGUGGCGAGGAGUUCCUGGCCCUCACCAAGGAGCAGCUCGUCAAGAUCUUGCGAAGCGAGGACCUGAGCAUCGAGGACGAGUACCAGGUGUUCGCAGCGGCGAUGCAAUGGGUUCUGAAGGAUGUGGGGAAAAGAAAGAAGUACGUCGUCGAAGUGCUGGAGCCUGUUCGAUUCCCUCUGCUACCAGCACAAAGGCUACUAAAAUACAUAGAAAGUGUUCCAGACUUCAGCCUUCGGGUGGCCCUGCAAACCCUGUUGAAAGAAUAUUGUGAAGUCUGUAAAUCUCCCAAAGAGAACAAGGUCAGCAGUUUUCUGCAAGCUUCUAAAGGUCGUCCCCGGAGGAAAGCCAGGAAGUACCUUUAUGCAGUAGGUGGGUACACCCGACUGCAAGGAGGACGCUGGAGUGACAGUAGAGCCCUCAGCUGUGUGGAGCGAUUUGACACCUUCAGCCACUACUGGACCACAGUGUCCUCUCUCCACCAGGCCCGGAGUGGGCUGGGUGUGGCUGUGGUGGGAGGAAUGAUCUAUGCUAUUGGAGGUGAGAAGGACUCGAUGAUUUUUGACUGUACUGAAUGUUACGAUCCUGUUACUAAGCAGUGGACCACUGUGGCUUCCAUGAACCAUCCCCGUUGUGGACUGGGAGUGUGCACAUGCUAUGGGGCUAUCUAUGCUUUGGGAGGUUGGGUUGGAGCAGAGAUUGGCAACACAAUUGAAAGAUUUGAUCCUGAAGAAAAUAGUUGGGAUGUGGUGGGAAGCAUGGCUGUGCCCCGUUACUGCUUUGGGUGUUGUGAAAUGCAAGGUUUGAUUUAUGUUGUUGGUGGUAUCAGCAGUGAAGGAGUAGAUCUACGUUCUGUUGAAGUCUACGACCCAAUAUCUAAACGUUGGUCUGAGCUUGCUCCAAUGGGCACCCAAAGAGCGUAUCUUGGUGUGGCUGCUCUCAACGACUGUAUCUAUGCUGUGGGAGGCUGCAAUGAAUCUCAAGAUGCACUUGCUACUGUAGAAAGAUACUCCUUUGAAGAGGAAAAGUGGACUGAAGUUGCAUCAAUGAAGAUACCAAGAGCUGGUGUCUGUGUUGUGGCUGUGAACGGAUUUCUUUAUGCCUCGGGAGGCCGAGCUCCCAGUCAUGAUUUUGCUGCUCCAGUAACCUCUGACUCUGUUGAAGUUUAUAACCCUCAUAUGGACAGCUGGACUGAAAUUGCCAACAUGAUCACCAGCCGCUGUGAAGGAGGUGUAGCUGUGCUGUAAAACACAAAGAAAACUCAUUCAAGGAAUGAAUCAAUCUGGCUCCUCAGAUUUUCGGUUUUAUUUGCCAGAAAACUCUUCUGACACAGGAGCUUCAGUAGAAACAGUGGAGAAUUAGAUCAGAGGGCUUUUACUGAGCAAAAGGAAAUAUUAAAACUCUUGCCCUUCAGAGUAAA